AUGCGUGUGGAUGGAUGGACCAGAUCCAAUGUUACCGACGCGUCCGGACCGUUUUAUACCCGCCUCGCCGUCUCCUUCCCCGCCGCCUCCACCACCGCCGACCUCAAGCGAAGAGUGAGCCAUGAACACGCCGCAACUUUCCCCGACAUCGGCCAGAUCGCCGUCCAAUCCAUCAAGGUCGAGCACAGAGGCCUGUGGUUCCACCUCGCCGACUCCAUGGCCGUCCGGGAUGCUUUCCAGUUCCACGGGAUCAACCAAGCAUGGCACCUUCAGCUAGACGCAGCUCUGCUUCCAAUGGCAGAGGGGCACAGCUGCCUCACCGCAGUUUCAGACUCUGAGUAGGCAGGCUAAUGGGUUGCACCAGUAUGCAGUGUGUGUGUGUGUGUGUGUGUGUGUGUGUGUGUGUGUGUAAUAUUGGGAUACAUGUGUUGUUCAGAGUCUGGUCUUUCUUUCAGUGAAGUUUAAUAAAGAGAUUCUCAGCUCAAACAUGUAUCCCAAUAUUACAGAUUACUUAAAUCACUUCUUAAACAACUUACCAACUGGGUGUGUGGGAUCAUCAUGAGUUAACACAGCUCAGAAAGCGUCUGUUAAUUUGCACAAGGGACUGUCUGAUCUCAUGAAACAUCAGCAGUUGUUGACACUUGCUUGACAGACAGACACCCACCACCACCAUCAGGGAAAAAACAGAACAACUAAUGCACCUACAGCUAGUGAGUGACUUGGUGUCAUGGAGAGGAGACGACGAGGAGGUCAGCCGACGACGGGGUGCUCCUUGGCAUUGACAGUGGCCUUGUCGACAUGGCCGUCCUGCUUGGGGAUGAUGA